AGCCAAUUAGCGAACGACCAGUAGGGGUUGGAGAACCUUGGAACUUGCCGGCUAGCCGGGCUGCCGGGAAUUUGGCGGCUUCACCACUGUAAUACGAGCGGGUCUACCCCCUAAUAGCUGUCGGGGCAUCCUGGUCCUCGCCAAGAACUCUUCACAUUUCCUGACAUUCACAUUUGUUAUCCUGUACAGCCCGCGUUUCACUAAUGCGAUUUGCACGGCUCGUUGUCAGAUCCAAUCCGGCCUCUAUUUCUAUCCACGGCAUUUCUUACUGGCUACGUAUGGUAUAUUGGUAAUGUAUCUCUAUUAUCCCUAUCACCUGACGGGGCGAGGGAUAUCUACUAUCUCUCCAUGUUUGUUGAAAAUGUGGAAUGGCAAGCUCGACAACAACCCUACAACGCCAUGAUAGCUAUCUUCCGACGCAAAACACGAGUCGCCGCCGCACUUUUUCUAGUACUCGUCAUAUAUCUCCUAGUCGGACUUAUCCCCGAACGUCGCGAUACCCUCUUCGGCUUUACCUAUGUUAGGUCGAGCUAUGACUGGUCCAAGCAAUCCUUGAAGUACCCCAUAUCGAAGUAUACGCCUCUACCAACUGGUAGACCUCUCCCGCUACCUAAAGUACAAUAUGCAUUUACUACCGACACGAGUCCUGAGGGUGUUGCGAGGGAGGAGGUGCUGGCGAGUCGGCGCGCCGAGGUGAAGAGUGCGUUCGUGAAGAGUUGGACUAGUUAUAAGAAUGUCGGGUUUGGUUACGACGAACUUAUGCCAGUAUCGGGUAAAGGAAGAGAUGCACCUGGAUUUGGCGGAUGGGGGGCUACGCUUGUCGAUUCCCUCUCGACACUUUGGAUUAUGGGCCUCAAGGACGAUUUUUAUGAGGCAGCAGCAGCGGCAGUCACAAUUGAUUGGGCCGACACGAGAGAUACUUCCUGCAACUUUUUCGAAACUACUAUCCGGCAUCUGGGUGGACUAUUAGGUGCAUACGACCUGAGCUUAGAGACAGCACUGCUCGAGAAAGCUAUUGAGCUUGGAGACAUGCUCUUUAUGGCAUAUGACACGCCAAACCACAUGCCCCCAUUCUGGUUAGACUUUGAUGACGCUAAGCGCGGCAAUCAGGUCGCCGGAUAUCACGACCCUUCAGCCUCAGUCACUUCGUCAUCUCUAGAGUUUAGUCGGCUAGCUCAACUCACCGGAAAUAACAAGUACUACGAUGUCAUCAAUAGGGUGACAUUGGUGUUGGACGAAUGGCAGAAUAAAACAGCACUACCGGGCAUGUGGCCAACAUUCUUCGACUUUAAUCAGCUUCAGCUGGACAGUGACAGCAGCUUCACGUUGGGCGCACUGGCGGAUAGUCUUUAUGAAUACCUGCCCAAGACUUACGCUAUCUUAGGCGGCCUUGAACCAAUGUAUGAAAAGCUCUACCGAGGAUCCAUGGAUACAGUCAUCAAGAAUUUGUUGUUCCGACCAAAGACUCCAGAUCAGGAUGAUAUACUCUUCUCCGGAAACGUGUAUGUCUCGUCAGACACAGGGCCUCAUUUGACCGCAGAAGUGCAGCACCUCGGAUGCUUCGUUGGGGGAAUGUUUGGGCUGGGAGGCAAACUUUUCAACAUCCCGGAACAUCUCGAGAUCGGCGAGAAGAUCACACGUGGCUGCGUGUGGGCCUACGACGCAAUGCCUACAGGUAUCAUGCCCGAGAUCUCCAACCUAGAGAAAUGCGAUACAUUAGAUCCGUGCGAGUGGGACGAAGAUCAAUGGGAGAAUGAGGCCGAUAUGACACUGAAGAAAGGUUUCAAGAAUGCUCGAGAUCCGCGCUACCUUUUGCGGCCCGAGGCUGUCGAGAGCGUGUUCUUGAUGUACCGCAUGACUGGCAAUUCCGAGUACCAGGAGAUGGCGUGGAGAAUGUUUCAGGCUAUUCGAAAUGCGACUGAGACGGAUCUAGCGUUUUCAUCAAUUAAUUCCGUCAGAGACGUCAAUACUGUGAAGUCGGACUCUAUGGAGAGUUUCUGGCUGGCCGAGACGCUCAGAUACCUUUACCUGACAUUUUCCUCUCCUGAUCUUGUCAACUUGGACGAUUACGUCUUGAAUACUGAAGCCCACCCCCUCAAACGUCCAAAAUGAGCAAUAAGAGACUAGUUGUCACUAAAGUAGGCAGCAGUCAAACUACGCGGAGCAUUCAUGUAUGGUCAGGCAUACGGAGUGCUCUGGAUAUUUCCUAUCCGUGGAUUAAUUUUACGAGGCGGGGCUCGCCUCUCCCGCCAUCGUUACAAGCAGACUUCAAAGGAUGGUUUACCACAAUAUGGAGCUGUGAGGCCCGGUUGAGAGAGAUGAGGAAAGAUCGUCGAUCUAGAGUUGAGGCAUCUCGAUGGAAAAUAUGAUUAAUGACAAGAACCACCAUAUAUAGAGGGCGAUUGGGCGUAAUGGUAGUUAUAAUGAGGCUGUGAUAGAUCUAAUGGUAAUAAUAUAUCCAACGAGCUAUAAUGUUAUAC